AUGCCCUAUCUACUCUCAGGAUGGAAGCCUUCUCCGGGCGAGGCAUACUGCUUCGUCGAUCAUCCCGCCCCCGCGAUGUCUCAAACUUCGAUCGCGUCGUCCUCGGUCCAUGUUAAGCCGCCGGCUGCGUUGCCUCGCCGCGGGGAGCCGGGGCACGUCAAGCGCCCGCGCAAUGGAUUCAUCAUUUUCCGCUGCGAGUUCGUCGCCAAGAAUCGCGGCAAGGCGCCCAGGUCGAAGUCUGGCGGUCCUUCUAAGAGGCUGUCGCAACUGGCUGGCGAGACCUGGAAGAAGCUGCCGGCCGCGCAGCGCGAUGUAUACAUGACGCUUGCUGCCUUGGAGAAGGACGAACACUCUCGCCAGCAUCCUGACUACGUCUAUCGCCCCAACAAGCAACGCAGCGGCCGUCAGUCUACUACCCCGAAGCGCGCUUACCGCCCGGCUUCCACCGUCCUCCGGCGCCAGGCUCCUGCGCCCACACCUGUGCCCGUCGAGAUGCCAGCUAUCGGUGCCUUGUCACUCGCUGGACCAUCUUCUGAGUUCGUUCCCGCUCCGUCGCCGUCAUACUCUUCGGUGGACUCUGCGUACAGCCCCUCAUCUUCACGCUCGACUCCCUUCCUAUACGAUGCGCAAAGCCCCGCUACGGAUUCGGACUACCCACAGACGCCCAACAGCGAGUACGCUAUGCAGAUCUACGACGCGCCCCCCGGGGAUGUUAUGAACGCAUACACAUAUUCUUAUCAGUCCGCCAUGGUCACCUUGCCCAUGGAUCACCACUACACAGAGAAUAGUGGACUGUACGUCGCUUCUCCUUCUCCUUCGCCGUCAUAUACGUACGGGCCGCCGGACGAGCCCCCGGUGGGCACUGCAUCGAGCUAUUCCACCUUGGCCAACUGGGCGGGUGAGCUGGACGCUGCCUCAACGACGUCGACAUCGUCUUCGGCUACGUAUGCCGCUCCUGCCGUGACAAUGGCGCCUCCUGCCGAGGUCAGCGGCUACCCGCACUCCUCCUUCGGUUCCGAGGUCGUCGACUUCGACGCCUACGUUUACUCCGAGCCCGUGACGUUCGUGCCUCAUGUAUAA